AUGAUGCAGCGAAACCGUACCACCUCUGGCACCCGUGCCACCACUGCUCGCGCCGUCUCUGGCCCCCACUCAUCUUCUGCCGCACGCCUGAUGCGCCUCCGCACCACCUCAGCCGGCUUGCCCAGAGCUAAUGCUGAGGCUGCCAACUCCCCCACUGCUCCGGUCCACCAGGCAUCCGCUGCUGGCAAUGCCGAGCAAGCUCACACACCCAUGCCCAUCGAUGUCAACCGUGCCAACGCUUCCAACGUCCCCGCUCCUCAGAGCCAGACACCCAUCACUCCCGUUGUCCUGAACAGCGGUGAGGUCUUGAGCUCUGCCGAGUUUCGCAUCAUGAGAACCGAGCUCGCUGCUGCCCGACGCAAUGGAGAGUUCCCCGCUACUCGCCUCUCCUCCCAUUGCGCAGACGCUGUAGCCGAGGACUACGAGCAGCUUCAACGUCUCCGUCAGCUGCGUGGUGAUCCGGCCCAGCCGCCCUCCGACCAGUACUACAGCGAGUUUGUCGAGACUGCCCGCAAGACCCAGCAGCGCGAUGCUGAGGCAGAGGAUGAUCUUCGCGUUCAGCGUGCCCAUGAAAAUGUUCGGAACAUGGUCAUCAACCAGAACGUCGGUGCUGAUCUCCAUGGCAUCAUCCAGCAUGCCGCCGCCAGCGCUAUCGACCGAGCUCUUGCCAACAACCAGGCUCAGUCUCUUCAUGGCAAUGUUGUCCGCGAGAUUGUCCAAGCCACCCUUCAGAACAUGGAUGCUCAAGGGGCUGUUGGUGUCCAGGCUCUCGACAUGGACGCUGUCUUGGAGGAUGUCAUCACUGUUGUUGAGGCUGCUGCUCUUGAUGCAGCUGGUCCUCUUCGACUGAACGUCAACCGUAUGGAUGGCCAGAUCAACCGUAUGGAUCAAGCACUUGAGGGCCAUCUUGAGAAUCUCUCAACGCAGCUUGGUGCCAUGAACAACCAUGUCAGUGCUGUCGGCAACCAUGUCAACGCUCUUGGAGCUUUCAUGCAGACCAUCAACAACACCGCCACAGCAACCAAUCACCAGAUGACGAGCAUGUCUGACCAAGUCCGAAACACUCAAACCAACGCUCAAGCUAUCAUCAACAUGAUACCUGCCUUGGUUGAAGAGGCAAUCCAGCAAGCUCUCCCCGGCGCUCUUCAGACCAUCCUCGCCCCAGUACUCGCUGCAGCCAUACAGAGUGGUGCAGUCAACGGCAAAGGCUUCGGUGUCAAUGUCACUUCUGAGAAGGGUACCAGUGAGGUCUCUAAGAAGCCCAAGAAGCGCGGUUUCUUCAGCCGCAUCUUCAAGCGACACUGCAAGAAGGAUGACCGCAACGGUGGUGGUUCGCCUCCCAGCAUGGCCUGCUAA